AUGUUCGUAUAUGGCGUUAUUCUACGUAUUAUUGCAUUAUCCUAUUAUCUUCUCUUUGGACACGUUGGAGAUGUAGUGCUCCUUUCUAGUUCAUUCCUCUGGGUCAGAGGUUCUGUGAUCCUUGAUCAAGAUGUACGGCUAUCUGUACCAUGGAACGGUCCAGGGCGGCCUUUGCUGUUCCCUUGUCGGACUACGCAUGCCAGGUUAUUUCCCAAGAAGCACACCUUCUCUUAUUCGUAUCUCCUUGUUGGAAUACCCGUCGGUUGGACAGGUGUCGCAGGCGGCAUGGUAUCAAAUGACGAGUAUAGCACGGGAGUUGGGGGCUGGUACAAGAUCGAUGCUUCGGAUUACCUAGAUAGGGGAAACGGACACCUCGGAUUAAGGGGCAAGCUAGACGCCUACCUCAAGUCUCAAGACAUUGAUGCUUCCAAAUAUCCACAUGCGUAUUUGGUAACUGCUGCGAAAUUCAUGGGUUAUCAUUUCAACCCUGUUUCUUUUUGGUACCUUUAUUCUGCCGAAAAGCACCUAGCAGCAGUAAUCCUUGAAGUUAAUAACACGUUCGACGAGAGACGGAUGUACUUCUUAGCGGCAGACAACACGAUAAAAUCAAUAGAGCGACUUGAUAAUAAUUCCUUAAAAAAAAUCACAUCGACUUGGAGAUCCAAUGGCUCGGAGCCCUUGAAACGAACUUGGCCAAAAGACUUCCACGUAUCCCCCUUUAACUCUAGAAAGGGCGCAUACUCGCUUAUAGCACACGACCCUCUAUCCCCAAAUAUGGAUGGGCAAGGACCGAUUAAUAAUACGAUAAAUCUAAUGUCUUCCAAGAACUACGCGAAACUGGUUGCUCGUAUCUUUUCAGAAGGUGAUGCCAUCGAUCCCACUGGGAUGACUUCCCUUCAGAAACUCAAGUUCUUGGCUUCAUGGUGGUGGGUUGGCUUCGUCACUUUUCCUAGGAUCGUGAAAGAAGCUGCGGCCCUAUUCUUUCAAAGGAAGCUCCAUGUUUGGUAUCGACCAGAGCCGCUCAAAACAAGCAUUGGCCGACAUGCCGACAAGAUAGAAUCUCAACUCGAGCCUUUAUUUAGGAGGUACUUGAGGUACUCAGUGGAACAGUCGUCCAAAUUACUGGUUGUGCGAUAUAUACCCUGUGGCGUUACAGACGCGCCCAUUGAGACUAUGAUAUCAACGUUAGCGAAAAAGAGCUCUAACUGCACUGACAAGAUGGAGUUCAAAGUCUUGACGCCCGCGUUUUAUUCGAGGUUCGUAUAUUAUGCUCACGAUUUCGAGGCUAUAUUUUGCGAACUAAACGAGAAUAAUACGAUAUGGGUGUCAAAUCCUCAACUCUUGCCAAGGCUAUUCGUGAAGAAACAACCGCCGCCUCUAUUUCAAACAACAAGUUAUCUAGACUAUGGUUAUUUUAUGGCUAUUAAAAAUAUAAGGCAGAGGCCCGAACGAAUUCAACGACCACUGACUUCGUGUCAGAUCAGCUGGACUACCCAGUCUCAAAAGGAUAUCAGGGGUUUCCGGCUUUCACCCAUGGAUGGAUACGUUUUAGCCCAUGAGGAUGACAAAUCCCGACGGGCAUACAGGAACUCUGUAUUGACGUUGUUCAUGGCUGAUAGAAUUGCCAUGGGUAGCGUGGACAUCCUCCAGCUUGAACAUUGGGUCCUCAGACUGUUAUUAGCCUGGACUGUAACUUAA